GACUUGAGCAAAAGCGCUUUUUCAGCUACGACUACGAUUGAAUCUGAGGAUUAGCCGAUUGGAUUGCCUUCGUUGGAUUUUAUUCCCACAGACGAACCCUCACUAGAAGCACAAUGACUUUGAACAAAGGUGACAAAUUGCGAAACAUGGACAAGAGAAGAGGAAGCAUGCCGUUCCCCAUGAAUCUACCGAACCUACACCGGAGAAGCAUGCCCGUGGACGACCGGGACCUGCGCGCCACGAUGCCACAGACUGGUCAGACGGACGAGCUGUCCAACCUCCUGCGCUGCACGUCCUACUCCCCCACCGAGCAGCACCGAGGCAGCUGCGCGUCCGACUCCUCUGACUCUGUCAUCUCCACCGGCAGCGAGGCGGAGUCCCAGGUGUACAAGGUGGUUCUCCUUGGGGAGCACGGAGUCGGCAAGUCCAGCCUGGCACGCGUCUUUGGAGGAGUUGAGGAUGCUGGUCACGACUGCGAUGAACCAGGAAACACUUAUGACAGAUGUAUCCUUGUAGAUGAAGAAGAGGCAUCAAUCAUGCUGUACGACAUCUGGGAACAGGAUAACAGCCAGUGGCUGAAAGAACAGUGCAUGAGGAUGGGGGACGCCUACAUUAUUGUGUAUUCAGUGACAGACAAAUCGAGCUUCGAGAAGGCCUCAGAGCUGCGGAUUCAGCUACGCCGGGCCAGGCAGUCAGAGAACAUUCCCAUAAUCCUUGUGGGCAAUAAGAGUGACCUGGUGCGGUCCAGAGAGGUGUCUGUAGAUGAGGGAAGUGCCUGCGCCGUCGUCUUUGACUGCAAGUUCAUCGAGACCUCUGCCUCACUCCAUCACAACGUUCAGGAUCUAUUCGAGGGCAUUGUCAGACAGAUUCGCUUGAGGAAAGACAGCAAGGAGGAGAAUGCACGUCGUAUGGCCAACUGCAGACGCAGAGAGAGCAUCGGCAAGAAGGCCAAACGGUUUCUGGGCCGCAUGGUCGCACGCAAGAACAAGAAGAUGGCUUUCAGGCAGAAAUCAAAGUCCUGCCAUGACCUUACGGUUCUCUGAGGAAGAGACUGGGACAGAUGGACAAUUUUUUUUCUUUGGCCUCUAAAGACCAGACGCUGUGUGUGUGUUUUAACACUAACCCUAAAGGACUAAUAGAGCUGUACAGGAAUAUAUUUUUUAUUUUUUAGACACCUACCAAAAGAAAAGAGAGGACUUGAUAAGAAUUGUAUCAUUACCGUUAUAAUGGUGAUAACCUGCAUGAUGCUUUGCAGUCAUCAUUAUUUAAUUUGAUAUUAUUUUAUUUUAUUGUCCGCCUUAAAAAUGUUGCUGUUGCUGUUGCUGUGGAUUUGUAAAUCCACAAAGGCUUGUUUUUUUUCUAAUGAGUUGCCUUGCUGUUGGGUCAUUGUUUUAGCCCCUCUAUCAGAGGGGAUUGAUGUACAUACUAUAACAUGCAUAACAUACAUCUCAUUAUCCUAAAAGAUGCAGUAAACAUCACAGUGCUAGGCCAUUUGGAGUCAUGAUUACUUGAAGCGUGGUACGCAGGUUCGUGCCUCAGCCAAGUUACUGAGGACUAGUCAAAAAAUGAAAGAAAACUUCUGUUUUUCUAUAAAAAAUGGAAUCCAGGUUGUGAAUGUAUGAGUAAAGCAAUAAGUUAUUUUAGUCUCGUGAACUUUGAAAUGAGUUGGAAAUUCUUUGUUUACGUUGAUUUCCUUUUUCAAUA